AUGUCGUACAGAGGGUCAUCGAACAUGCUAAAUGGGACGGGGCUACCUAAUCGUCAGGGAAACCCAUAUGCUUCAGGUGGCCAAGGUCAAAGGCGGAGCUCACAAGGCGUUAAUCUAGGUCAAUGGAAAAAAUCGUUUGAGAUAUACUGCAAAAAAAUAGAAGAUUUAACUGAUCACCCUUUGGCUCAAAAAUUGAGACCAUAUAUUCCGGGUAUUUCAAGAUUUUUCAUAGUCGCCACGUUCUAUGAGGACUCUUUCAGAAUAAUUUCUCAAUGGUCAGACCAGAUAUUCUUUCUUCAUAAAUGGAAGCGCUACCCAUACUUUUUUGUCGUUUUAUUCCUAUUAUUGGUAACUAUCUCAAUGACAAUUGGUGCAACUCUACUGGUUUUCAGAAAACAUACAGUGCAUGCCACCGGAACGCUUUGCGCAUGCAUCAUCUUCCAGGCUUUGAUUUACGGACUAUUUUCCGGAUCGUCAUUUAUUUUAAGAAAUAUCAGUGUUAUAGGUGGCUUGUUAAUCGCAUUCAGCGAUUCUAUCGUUCAAAACAAGACGACUUUUGGUAUGUUACCGGAACUUAACAGUAAAGAUGGCAAACAGAAGGGGUAUUUACUCCUGGCCGGUAGAAUUUUAAUUGUUUUGAUGUUUAUCGCAUUCACAUUCAGUAAAUCAUGGUUUACUGUGAUCUUAACCAUCGUUGGCACUGUUUGUUUUGCUAUCGGUUACAAAACCAAACUCGCAUCGAUAAUGUUGGGCUUAGUUUUAACAUUUUACAACAUUACCUUGAAUAAUUACUGGUUCUACGAUAAGAGCCAAAGGGACUUCUUAAAAUAUGAAUUUUACCAAAAUUUGAGUAUUAUUGGUGGCUUGCUACUGGUCACGAAUACAGGUGCAGGCGAAAUAUCAUUUGAUGAGAAAAAGAAAAUUUACUAG